AUGAGUGUCUCAUUCCAAGUCUUCCGCGGUUCUGAGGAUGGAAGUAUCGUACCCGAUACUACUACCCGCACUUUGCAGCCUACUGAGGUGUACAUUGAGACCACUCACUCAGGUCUCUGCGGUACCGAUGAGCACUACCUGAAGACCGGAAUGGCUCUCGGUCACGAGGGUAUUGGAAUUGUCCGUCAGAUCGGCUCUAGUGUCACUGAUGUCAAGGUUGGAGCCCGUGUUGGAUAUGGCUAUAUCCAUCGUGUGUGCGGAAUCUGCAAGCAGUGCUUAAAUGGCCGAGACCAGUUCUGCGAAGGCGGAGUUAGGCACUACGGCAGCCACGAUCACGAUAUCGGAACCUUCGGUGAGGGUGUUGUUUGGGAUGCUAGCUGCGUUGUUCCCAUUCCCGACGGAUACGACUCUGCAGAUGCCGCACCCCUCAUGUGCGCUGGUGUGACUGUUUGGACUAGCUUGAGUGAGCACGUUCGCUCCACAGACCGUGUUGGUAUCAUGGGUAUCGGUGGUCUCGGCCACUUGGCAAUUAAGCUCGCUGCUGCUAUGGGCUGCCAAGUGGUUGUCCUCUCAAGCACUGAGGCUAAGCGCGAAGAAGCACUGUCCUUUGGUGCUUCUGAGUACUACGUCUGGAAGGCCGGACAAGAAAUUCCUAACUUCAAGCAGGUCGACCACCUUCUGCUUUGUGGAAGCGCCAACGUUGACUACCCCAGUCUUCUUCAAAUCAGCAUUCUGCCUUUGAUGGCUUACAACGGAACCAUCUUCCCAUUGACCGUCGACCACUCCAACGCCCCCAUCCCACUUCUAUCCCUGAACAACCAUGGUAUCCGUAUCCAGGGUGUCUUUGUUGGUUCUCGGGCAUCUGCUCGCUCUUUGGUUGAGUUUGCCGCUGAGAAGAAGAUUACCCCCACGCUUAUGAAGUUCCCUCUUGAUAAGGGUGGUAUCGAAGAUGCUAUGGAGGUCCUCCGUACUGGCAAGAUGAGAUACCGUGGUGUUCUUGUACGCCAGUAA